AUGUUUCUCUACCAGCUGCUCAGCUUCUUCUUCUCGGCCUCUAAAAAAGAGGAGGACUCCAAAUAUGACCUGUCUCUGUACAAGCGCGGCGACCUGCUGGAGGUGCCCCGGACAAUGUUCACACACUUUGGCAUUUACCUGGGCGACAACCGCGUGGCUCAUCUCAUCCCAGACAUCCUGCCCGUGUUCACCAAGAACAAAGCCGCCAUCGCCAAGAUGGUGACGAAUAACCGGCUGCUGGUGGGGGUGAUCACCAAGGUCGCCAGCGUGAGGGUGGACUCCGUGGCGGAUUUCGCCUACGGCUCGGAAAUUCUGAUCAACCACAUGGACAGAGUGUGCAGCCAGCCUCCUCUGGACGGGGACGAGGUGGCGCGCAGGGCCGAGAAGCUGCUGGGAUCCGUCACCUACAGCUUGCUGUGGUACAACUGUGAACACUACGUCAUGUACUGCAGAUACGGCAUGGCCAUCAGCUACCAGACGUACCAGUUCUGUACAAACGUACGAAAGAUCUUCUUCAGCAGGAUGAGUGCUUAUCUAACGGCUCUGUGUGGAGCGUGCAUGAUGCUGUAUGUGGGCUGCAUGACUCCGUUCAUGCUUCUGUCCACCCUGCUCAUCUCCUUCACCAUCUGGAUGGCCGCCUGAAGAUCUGUGCAGAGAUCAGCCCUGAAAAAAGACUGUGGUG